UUUUGUGGAAACCGUCAGCCAUCUGCCGCAGUCAGUUAGAUCCAACGGGAAAGGAAAAUGGAGGAUUGACAGAAAAGAGGGCAUAGCGUCGGUGUUUCUAAGAUGUUGAACAUUCAUCCUUUUACUGAUGAUAACUGAUCUGAUGCCAUUUAGUUUGACAAGUCAUCACUACUGAAGCGCAGGUUGUCAAGACGUGGACAAACGCGACCGUUUCAAAUGAGUUAGAGAAUGCGGCUACAGAGUAGCUAAAGCAGCCAGCUGCAUCUUCAAAGGCCAAAGCGUGAAGUAAAGAAGAUUUGGAGCUUCUGUGAAUCCGCUGUGGCAGAGCAAAAUGCCAGUGGAGGCGACCACCGACAGUCCUGAGAACCGCUGUCCAGUGCGGCGCAGUGGCAGGCAGCCCAAACGGACGGAUAAACUAGAGGAGUUCCUCAUGACGGCCAAAAGGGGCUCUAGAAAAAGCGCCCCUCCAAGUGUCGAAAGCGGAGAUCCUCCUUCCCAAACUCCAACCGAUGCAGAAACGGCGUCUGAAGCCAGUUUCGAUGGGAAUGCUGACUCCAAGACGGCGGAGGACAAAGCCGAGUCCCCGGAGAGGAAGACGAGGAGCAGUACAAAGAAGCAGGUGCCGAAAAAACCUCAAGGAGGCAGACAGACGAGGUCUGCUGGGAGAGCAACGGUUAAGGAAGAGGGGAGCUCUGAGAAUGAGGAAGACGGUAAAGAUCAGGACAAGAAGGGUCAGUCACAGGAUAACACCGAGGAGGCGAAAGACGCGAAACCUGAUCCUGUCUCUCAGGACGUAGGGAGCACAAAGCCAGCAGAGGACUCUGAGAAGGAGGCACCCGAGGAGACGGAGGAGCCCGAGGCUAAAGGUGAAGCAGAAAAGGAGACCGAUGAGGAGGAAGCGGAAGAGCCCACAGUAAUGACUCGUAGACCAGUCAGGACCUACAUCAAUAAGAAGAAGGUGGCUAAAAAGAGCCCUGCGCCCGUCAAAGCUCCUACGCCUUCUAAUAAAACCACAGCUCCUGCUAAGGAGACGAAGCCCAAAGCCGCUGGAAAAAAGAGCAAGCAGGAAACGACGGAGGAAGAGGAGGACGAUGACGACGAUGAGUCCUUUACAUCUUCGUCUUCGUCUUCAGAUGAGUCUGACGAUGGAGGCUACGACCCCAACGCCCUAUACUGUAUCUGUCGGCAGAAACACAACAAACGGUUUAUGAUCUGCUGCGACCGCUGUGAGGAGUGGUUCCACGGAGACUGCGUGGGCAUCACUGAGGCCCGAGGGCGUCUGAUGGAGAGAAACGGAGAAGACUACAUCUGUCCCAACUGCACCGCGAAGAAGAACCAGGUGGUCCGGCCCGCCACGUCCGUUCUCGCCACGAGCGCAGAGGCCGCAAAGCCCAGAACUGAUGUCGCCUGUCAGGCUGCUGCUGCGGCCUCCGCUGGGUCUGCUGAGAAGGGCCCAGCUGGCGGGGCGGGCUUCAGUCCGUCAGCGGUCCAGGGCUGUGAGAAAGCUCCAGAAGAUCAGGGCAUCAAGGGCAGGAUUGAGAAAGCUAUCAAUCCAUCUGGAAAGAAGAAGAUAAAAAUCUUCCAGCCGGCUAUUCAUCAGCCAGCUGAAGCCAAAACGGAGCAAAAGGCCGCGUCGGCCGGGGAGCCCAAGGUCCCGCCUGCAGCUACUGCUGCGGCAGAGCAGAAAGCCCCACCAGAGCCAGAGCACAGGGUGGAAGCCACGGUGGAGGUGAACACCACGCCGGACGCCGAGGCGCCCGACGAGACGGCCAAGCAGAAGGCCGAGGGCGACUCCUCCCUCCCCAAGUGCAUCGGUCCCGGCUGCGACAGCAUCGCCCAGCCAGACUCGGUUUACUGUGGGAACGACUGCAUCUUGAAGCACGCCGCGGCAGCCAUGAAGUCCUUCACUGAGGUCAAAGAGCCCAAGCAGAAGGACAAGAGCAAGCCUCAGAAAAAGUCCACAGCAAAGAAGGGUGGAGCUGGUGGAAAGGUGCAGAAGAAGACCCAGCGGGUGUCGGACAGCGAUGAAGACUUCAGCCCCGAUCCAGACGAGGACGACGAAGACGAAUAUGCCGAGGAACGCCCGCCUCCGCCGUCCACUGCUUCCUGGUCCAGUGACCAUAAUUACAUUGCAGUAACACCAGAAAAGACUACACCCAUAUCACCAACAGUGUUAAACAAAAAGUCUUCCCCCAAAGAAGAGAAGAAGAAUGAGAAGGAGAAGGAGCAAAGCCCGUCUCCUGAGAAAUCCACCAAAGGAUCUGUUACUCUACGCAAAGGCAACAAGAAAUCCCCGCCACAGAAAACCGGUCCGAUUGCAUCUAAGAGCAAGAAGUCUUCUCCGCAAGCCGGCAGCUCAAAGAGCUCCAAGAAAACUGCGACAAGCCCGACUAAAACCGCCGAAAAGCCCAAGAAACCAGGCCAGGCAUCCGCCCCGUCUCCAUACCCCGCAGGUCCGAUUCACGCUACGGGGGCAAUCAGAGUCACCAAGUCCAACUUCACCAUUCCUAAGAAGCAGCCUCAACAGAAAGAGUCCACGUCCCAGAGUCAGCCAGACCCGUCCUCACGAGUCUCCCCCUCUCCAGCAUCCUCGACUACAUCCAGCCACUCAUCUUCCAGGUCUUCCCAUCCACCUGGGUCAUCCUCCCACACGUCCCCUGUGAGGCCAUCGGCCAACAACCAGAUGAGGCAGAACAUCCGACGCUCACUGACUGACAUUCUCUUCAAAAGGGUGAGUGACAGUGAUGACCUAAAAAUGACAGAAGGCGAGGUGGGAAGACUUGCCUUUGCCAUCGAGAAGGAGAUGUUUAACCUCUGCCUGAGUACUGACAGCAAGUACAAGAACAAAUACAGGACCCUCAUGUUCAACCUGAAAGACCCUAAAAACAAAGGUUUGUUCUACAGGGUGAUUGGUAGACAAGUUACUCCUUUCAGACUGGUGAGGCUGACUGCUGAGGAGCUGCUCUCCAAAGAAAUAUCUGAGUGGAGAAAGCCUGAGUCCUCUGAGGGUCACUCUCGGAGCCAUUCAGGGCAUUCCAAACAUAGAAGCAGGGACGACUCGGGCUCCCACAGCAUAGAUCCAGAGGAUGCUCCCCCAUCUGAUGCUGAUGUAUGUAUUUCUGCCUCUGCACCAUCUUCUCGCUUGGGUUCUUCUGCAGACCAAGAUGAGUCUGGCUCCACUCCCUCAGGGUCAGCCCAGCCCUCUGCUGAGGGGAACAGUGGCAGCAGCAGGGUGGAUGUUUUCAGCAGCAUGCUCAAAGACACCACUUCUGAACACAAGACUCACCUGUUUGACCUAAACUGUAAAAUAUGCACAGGACAAAAGACAGAAGAUGAACCUGCGUCCAAAAAAGCCAGACUGUCCAGUAAGCCUGACGUUAAGCCGCCCAGACAAGAGUCAAGGUCAUCCAGAUCUGGGGACCCACACUCUGCCAACCCAGCGACCUACCCUCCCCUAGAUCCCCUAGCAUCCCAUCAACCAGUCCCUCCAUCCUACCCCUCUAACACGGGACCAGCUGUUCCAGAAACCCCACCGCAGCUCUAUCAGGAGGAUCCGAACAUGAUGGCGCCGCCCACUCCCACUCCUCCACUCGUCAGCCCUGCGGUCUCUUCUGUUAGCAUCUCUCGCAGAGACCCUCGCAUGGCCCGCCUCAGCUCUGCUGCGAGUGUGGUGCCGCCGCCCCUUGAAAAACCCGCUAGUAACCCAGCGGACCCCGUCCCUGCUCCUGUUACGGCUUCUGUUGCUGCUCCAGUGGACGCAGGGCUUAAAGUACCCCUGCCAAUGCCUCCAGCGCCACCUUCAGCAGUGGCGGUGCCCAAGUCUUCUAAAAAAAGCUCAGCUGAACCUCCUCCUGAAGGGGAAACAGCGAUCUUCUUGCACGGCCAGGAGACCAUAUGGAAGGGAUUUGUCAACAUGCAGUCAGUCGCUAAGUUCGUGACAAAAGCUUAUCUGGUCUCAGGUUCCUUUGAACACCUGAAAGAGGAUUUACCUGACACCAUCCAUAUCGGAGGCCGGAUAUCUCCUAACACUGUAUGGGACUAUGUUGGGAAGCUGAAAACGUCGCUCUCCAAGGAGCUGUGUCUGAUCCGUUUCCAACCAGCCACAGAGGAAGAAGAGGUAGCAUAUGUGUCCCUCUUCUCCUAUUUCAGCAGCAGAAAGAGAUUUGGCGUAGUAGCCAACAACAACCGGCGCAUCAAAGACCUGUACCUCAUCCCACUUGGCUCUAAGGACCCUUUACCCUCCAAACUAUUACCGUUUGACGGGCCAGGGCUGGAGCCAGCUCGUCCCAACCUCCUCCUGGGAUUGCUGAUCUGCCAGAAGGACCGGAAGCGAGCCGGCGCACCACUUGAAACGGAAGAGAAACGCUCCAAGACUCAAACCAAAGACGCAGACGAAACCGGACUUCCAAAACCUGCUCCCAUGGUCAAGGCAGACAGAAGCGCACGGCAGAGUCUCGAAAUCCCCUUCAGUACAACUCCCCCAGGCUCACCUCCAGCUAGCUCCUCUGAGACCCCCAGCAGCAGCACCACAAGCAGCGCUGUCUCCGUUCUUUCUUUGCUAUCGGCUGUUAAAGCUCCAACCGCCUCCGCUACCCUUGGCAAGGAGUCCGCAUCAAGCUCUGCUGCUGCCUCUGUGGACACCGCCUCGCCCCUCCAGACCAUUCUCAACACGCUCUUCAGGAGCAAAAAGCAGGACUCGGAUGCCUCCAACUCGCCGUCUGAUCUAGCUGGGGAACUUCCUGCCACAAUGCUAGACCCCAUUGUUCAGCAGUUUACCCAGAAUCCAAAAGAGAAAUCGGUGGAGGAGGAUGAAGACGACAGACCAUAUGAUCCAGAGGAGGAGUAUGAUCCCAGUCCGGUCUUUAAUGUGACCAAGAAGCCAGUUGAAGAGCUCAUCAAACCUGAGGUCCCUAAGCAGCCUGAGGUUGUAGCAGCUGAAACCGAUGAUGUGGAGUAUGAUCCUGAAGAUGAUUCGAUUUUUGACGAGGUGGAAACUUUGAUACCAGCAGAACCUAAGCCUGUAGCUGAAAAUAUACCUGAUGCAAAGAAGAUCCUUGAAAAUCUUAGAAGGAUUGGAGACCAAGCGUUAAAGAAACAGGCAGAACAGCAGACAUCGUCCACCGAGACGGCUGCUGCAGCUCUGGUGCUUCCAGACACACUUGCUAACACUCACUUACUUCAACUUGGCAAGAAAGUUGAAGAACUAGUAAAGUCAUCAUCAGCUACACCCCUGAUCAACCAGAGGAGAGAUCCGAGACAGAGCAGGGAUCCCCGCCAGGCUGUGGGUGAACAGAACCCGUCUGAACCUGAACAGAAAGCAGAGCCGUCUCCUCCCUUGACCGAACCUUCUCUUCCCUCGGCGCCUCUGGAACAAGAGCAACUACAGCCUAAAGAAGAACAUCGUGACACCCCACAAGGUCCAGAGUCUUCACCGCCACAGGAGGAGGUUAUAAGUGACACACUACCCUUCAUGGAGUCAGAAAAUGAAGAGGUGUCAAUUCCUUUACUGGGAGAGAAGGUGGAACCGGAUAUGGAGGUCAGCUACAUGAAUCGUAGGAAGAGGAGAGGUGAGGAACUAGGUAAAGAGGAAACGGAAAUGGACAAGUACAAUGUUUGGCCGAAUGCUGCCAGUAUUUUAAAAGCCGGCCGGGAUUCAAAGUAUCGGGAAAAUAGCCAAGAUGCUCCAUUUUCAAGGUAUCACAGCGAGUCUGUAGACGGCCAGGAUUCAAAGUAUCGGAAAAAUAGCCAAGAUGCUCCAUUUUCAAGAUAUCACAGCGAGUCUGUAGACAGCUCCACAGUAACUUCAACCAUCCCAGUACUGACUCAAAGCACAGUGGCCGACGCUCACUCGCGUCACAUGUCGCAUCACAUGGGAGCCGCAGGCUUUGAUAACGAGUAUCGACCCUCGGCUGAUCUUCCCCAACAGUCCAGCUUUCCCCCUCCGCACCCCAUGCAGGGUCAGAACCUGAUGAUUAGGCCAACGUCCAUGCUGCCACCCAUGCAGGGUCCUCCUCUGGUCUCUGGUCCUUCUUCGAUGCAGGGGCCUCCCCAAAACAUCCACGGUUCGCCACAUGUUCACGGUCCUCCCCGUCAUCAAGGUGAUGGCAAUCAGCAGUAUGGCCCACCUCCGCCGUCCUACCCUCCCUAUCAAAACCAGAACCAGUGGCCCAACAACCAGCCGCAGCAGCAGCAGCCUCCUCCUGGACCACCACUACAAAAUAUGCUGCCUCCUAGAGGACCGCCCCUGCCGUUCCCUCCUGUAUCUCAAAGAGCCCCUCCUCCCCAAAUGUUUGAUCCCUCCAGUGCUCCUCAGCACAUGGGACUACAAGGUCCACCUCCAAGCAUUCCCCAACCUCCAAAUUUCGAUGGACAGAACAGCUUACCGCCACCAAGAUUCGCUAGUCCUCCGCCUCCUUUUAAUUUCCCUGCUAACAGGGGUCCUCCUCCUCCGUUCACAGGACCACCAAUGUCUGCUAAUUUUGAUACCAGGCUCCCUCCUCCUGCGGUCUUCCCAAACCCCAGGGCUCCCCCACCCUCUCAGCAUUACAGCAAAGACUCUCCCGGUAACUCAUUUAAUCCCAGUAUGGACCAGAAUCCAAAUCCUCCUCAAUACUUCAAAGAGAGUCUGGGUCCUGCUGCGCCUCCUGCUUACCGUGGCCCUCCACCUGACCAGUACGAGGACAGAAGAGGACUGCGUCCUAGCGGGGACUUGAGUGGGCCGCUCUUCAAGCAGCAUAACCAGUAUGGCAGUUCUAGGCCACCGGCAUCUUCACCACAGGAGCGACGGUGUUUUGAUGAACCCAGAGGACCCCCAGCCCACGAAAAUAGGCCCCACCUUUCUCAGAUUUCAGAACGCUACCGCUUUGACUGGCAUUCAGACGAGCCUAGACCUGUUCGCCACGGCGUGCCACUGCCGCCGCCCUCUGCAGACGGACCGUAUGGCCCUCCUAGUCGCCAUGGGGCCCAAAGCCCAGAUCUACAGCGGGAGGACCACUGGCGGCGUCUUUCUCCUGAAGUGAGGAGGAGGAGCAGCACCACCCACGAGGAUUUAGAACAUCGUAGCGGAGAGCAUGGAGAGCGGCUGAGCCGCUUUGAUGCACCACACAGAGACCUGGGUUCUGGCUCCUCACAGUCCUUGGAGGAGAGGCAGAGAGAGCUUUCUGAUGACCGUAGGAGGGAAAUGGAGAAGGAAAGCCCUCAUGGUGGGAGGAGCUCAUGGGACAGGGGGAUGGGAAAGCGCUGGAGCCGAGAACAAGAGUGGGACCGCGUGAGGGAGAGGGAGAGGGAGCGGGAUCCAGAGCGUGGAAGAGAAAGAGACCGCAGCAGAGGGAGGGACAGUGAGAAGAACAGGGAGACGGAGGGAGAGAGACACCGGGAUCAAGACUCUGAGAAAAGGAGGGAGAGAGACAAAGAGAGAGAGAGAGACAAAGAGAGAGAGCGAGACAAAGAGAGGGAUAGGGACCGGGAGAAAGAGAGGGACAGGGAGAAGGAUAGAGACCGGGAGAAGGAUAGAGACCGGGACCGAGACAGAGAUAAGGAUAGAGACCGGCCUAGGGAGUCUGACCGCAGAGACCAUGACCGUGAUCGAGCGAGAAACCGGGACCGAGACAGAGAAAGAGAGCGAGACAAAAGACGAGAUCGCUCAAGAAGCAGAGACCGGGAUCGUGAUCGCGGAAAAGACCGGGGAAGAGACAGAGACCGGGACAGAGAGCGGGAGCGAGACAGAGACCGUGAUCGCGAAAGGGAUCGAGAUCGCGAUCGUGAUAGAGAUCAAGAAAAGCGGAGCAAAGAAAAGAAAGAGGAUAAGAAAGACACUAAACGCGAUACGUCCAAGGAGAAAACUAAAAGUUCCGACAAUGACAAGUAGACUUCUUAGGCCGUUUAUAGACAUUUCAGAUUUUGUAUUCAUGAAUCUUCCCCCAAACGUCACUGUAAAUGGGAUGAGCAGUAUUUUGUUGAAUUUCCAUCUUCAGAUUCUGUUGAAAAAGCUGUAAGCAACACUGUUUGUAUUCUUUGUCACCUUAAGCUCUUUCUGUUUGUUUUAUAUCGGCUUUGAGUAAAAGAGCCAUCUGAGUUUACUACAACACAAAGUGUAGGCUUGAGUCCCGACAAAAUGACUUUUUUCUGGGUGCAUUGUGUUUUUUUUCUUUUGUUCUGUUUUUGAAGAAGACAAAAUAAUGUAACUGAUAUAGACACCAUUUACAGUAUGUAAAUAUGCACAUAUUUCUGUAUAUACUGAUGUUUUUAUCCAGACUUUUCUAAGUGCAGAAAAUAAAAGCCAUAUAUAUGA